CUUGCAGCUGCUGAGCUCAGCUUUCCAGAGUCCAGCUCCAGCUUCAGCUCCAGCUGACGGUUCCUCGUCCAUGAAUUGACUUGUUCCCAUUGCCCGGACCCCUCUCACCAUGCCGACCAAGCUGGGCGCUGCAGACUCGUUCAACUCCUCUGGAGCAACCAUCAUCCCGGAUCGCGAGCAGCGAGGUUCUGGACCGACCUAUCGAGCGUACAAUCCUAUCGCUGGACUCAGCAAUGCCAGACUAUUGAUGCCUGAAGACUCGUUCGGUCGACAACUCCAAGCGUUCUUAACUUCUGGAUCUACUACCAACGAUAGCCAGCAAGAGACCGAAGCGGGGGGACAAAGUGGAGAUUCAGUCAGGCCAAAUAUCAAUGAUGAAGCUGCAGAGGCUAUGCUACGUGACUUUGGGUUCAACUCGUCGACCUCUUCCCAUUUUACUACGCACACGCCUAACCCUUCAGACCUCAUUUCAAGCUUACAAAUUGAUUCGAAUGCUGCGCAUACCCACGCCCGAACCUCGCCAUUCAACUCGCACUCCCCUCUAGCUCAGGAAGAAGCUGCAUCCCUAUCUGCGACCGCAAGUGGCAACCAUCCCGAUCGUCCCGCUUCCGUUCUGUCUCACCAUUCUCACCACUCGCACGCUUCCCGCUCUCAUCGAGGCAGUAUCUCAGGCUCGGAAUACUCCUACACCUCGACAGAAGUAAGCGGAGACGAGGAUGUCCGAAUGGAAGCGGACGUUCCAGAACCAUUACAGACAGUCUGGAACGUCGGUGCGAUCGGUGGAGUCGUUCCUGCCCUAGGGUCCACUUUGACGGCAAACCCUUUCGCUUCCAAGGGCGGAACAGGGCACGCACAAUACCCUAGCCCCGUCUCGACUUCUGGACCUAGUCCACCGACCGUCCCUGGAGCCAUGUUUGGUGGUGGUGCCGGUGCUGGUGCCGGUGCUGGUGGUGGGCCAGUACGUGGUAUCGGAGCGGAAAAGGAGGAAGAAGAGAGAAAGAGGCUAGAAAGAUUGGAACACCGCCGAGAUAUCAAUCGCCGCUCAGCCCAAAAACAUCGCGCAGCGCGUAAAGCCGAACUGGAUAUUCUCAAUCGAACUAUCACUGAAAAGGAAGCGCGCAUCAGUCAACUCGAACGAGAAUUGGCAGUGGAACAGAGCAAAUCGAGACAAUUGGCGGAAUUCAUCAAAAUGUCGAUGGGUAGAGGUAGGACCGAUGAUGAGCAAGGUGAAGAGAGUAUAGGGGACAAGCAGGUCGUUGCAGGGUCCCGGCGGGUGUCUUCCAGACGGGGUGCGACAUGAAACAAAAUCGAACUAAACGAUCAUGACUGUGGGAUCGACUCUAUUUGAGUUGCAUGGAACAGAUCCACCCAAUCAACUUGUGCAUAUGACC